UAAAUGAAAUAAUUACCAUCAAACAAUUCAACUAAAAGGUUUGGCCACACAGUCGCACACUAUUAUUAAUUUAAAAAAGCAAAGCAAAGAAAAAACUCGAGUAACCAAACCUGGCAGGCUGUCCUCCGGUCUAACCCAUUCAGCUGACCGUCCCUACUCCUUACAGUUAUAUAAAUUACCAAUCUUACAAACAAAUCCAGCACUUUAAUCGACCAAAAAUAGCAGAGAAGAGUUGGGAGGACACACAAUGGGCAAUAGCCUCCGUCUCUGCGUCGCCUGCCUUCUCCCCUGUGGCGCCCUCGACGUCGUAAGGGUGGUCCACAUCAACGGCCAUGUGGACGAGCUCAGUCGCCCGGUGACCGCCGGCGAGAUUCUGGCGGCGAACCCCGGUCACGUAAUCAGCAAGCUUUGUUCGCAGGGCGUCGCCGCCUCUGAUCGGAUUCUCAUCGUUUCCCCGGAGGCUGAGCUCAGGCGCGGCCACAUCUACUUCGUAAUUCCGGCAGUGGCGGUAGAGAAGAAGAAGAAGAAAAAUAGGAGCUUUAAGGAGAAGAUGGUGGCGGCUGAGCAGACGCGGGAAAAGAAGGUUGGGCACCGCCGGCGGCAGAGCGGACGUGUGGCGGUCUGGCGGCCGAAUCUGGAGAGUAUAUGGGAGGAACUGUAAAAAGCUUACAAGAAAAAAUUUUCCUUCAAAUUUUGAAAGGGGUAAAAGAAAAUUUUCAAGAGACUUUAUUUAUAAAUCAGAUUGUGAAGGCCAACAAGAAGCUAUGAUUCCGUCGCUGGCUGUGAGGAUUUCGUGGCUGUAUGAUGAAGAAUUGAAGAUAUAUUUUUGCACUGUAAUCAGUGAUUUUUUUUUCCUCGGCUUGGCUUGGUGGAGUUGGUGGCGUUUAUUUUUUAAUAAAUCCUUUGUAAAGUAUAAAUAGUUUUUUUGGCUUAGAAAGCAAAAGUUAUGAGGUGUACAAACCCGAUUAGA